AUGACAUCAUCGCUGUCGUUCCCGGGUGAUGAUGACAACGUCCACGACGUAGUUGUACACGUAGACUUGACCGUGGAUGAUGAUGAUGAAUCCGUCAAUAGUAUUAACAGUGAACCGACGACCGCGUCUCAACACACUGAACAUCGUCAAAUCCAUGUUGAUGAUGAAGUAUGGAUAGACUUGACUACAGAAGAAAAUAGUGAAGCAGACAAUUUUAGUAACAUCGGGGAAACAGCGACCGCGUCUCAACACACUGAACAUCGUCAAAUCCAUGUUGAUGUCGAAGUAUGGAUAGACUUGACUACAGAAGAAAAUAGUGAAGCAGACAAUUUUAGUAACAUCAAGGAAACAGCGACCGCGUCUCAACACACUGAACAUCGUCAAAUCCAUGUUGAUGUCGAAGUAUGGAUAGACUUGACUACAGAAGAAAAUAGUGAAGCAGACAAUUUUAGUAACAUCGGGGAAACAGAAAGAGUACCGGUGACAAUGGAUUCGAUCAAUUACAGCAGUGUCUACGACGACCAAAAUAUCGAUAAAAAUAAUAAUAAUAAAAAUAUACAAAGCAACAACAGGGUUGAUCAAUUUAGAAUAUAUCGACGUCUGGCCUCCGUCUCCGACACACCACACAGGAACCGCCGCCGACACAGCGAUAAGAACUGGUGGUGCCAUGUCAAUGAACGGUCAAAUGGAAGCUACCGAUGUGCCGAGUAUAAUCACAUCAACGUCUGCUACAGACGGCCGCAAUAACGAUAAUAUGCAAUUACAAAUUCCGAACCGCAAGAAUUAAACCAACACAAUUAAUAAUAAUAAUAUGAUUAUACGUAUAGUGAUAUUUAAUUAUUUAUAU